AUGGAGGACGAGCGCCGGGCGCGCUCCGCGCAGCCCCGGGCCGGGGAGAUCCCGGGCGGCGGCGCCCCGCUCCCCGGCAGCCGCGGCUCGCCCGGCCUGCUGCGAGUCGACGUGCUGGAUCUGGACGAGGACGAGGACGACCUGGAGGUGUUCAGCAAGGAUGCUUCCUUAAUAGACAUGAACUCCUUCAGCCCCAUGAUGCCAACAUCACCUUUGUCCAUGAUAAACCAAGUCAAGUUUGAAGAUGAGCCAGAGCUAAAGGAUCUUUUUAUUACAGUUGAUGAACCUGAGAGCCACGUCACUACAAUCGAGACUUUCAUCACUUACAAGGUUAUAACUAAGACAUCUCGUGGGGAAUUUGAUUCCAGUGAGUUUGAAGUUAGGAGACGUUAUCAAGAUUUCCUUUGGCUGAAGGGAAAACUUGAAGAUGCACAUCCUACUCUCAUUAUUCCACCAUUGCCAGAGAAGUUUAUAGUAAAAGGCAUGGUGGAACGCUUUAAUGAUGAUUUCAUUGAGACCCGCAGGAAAGCAUUGCAUAAAUUUUUGAACAGAAUUGCUGAUCAUCCCACUUUAACAUUUAAUGAAGACUUCAAGGUUUUUCUCACUGCACAAGCUUGGGAACUGUCUUCUCACAAGAAGCAAGGGCCUGGACUGCUGACCAGGAUGGGCCAGACGGUCCGAGCUGUAGCAUCCUCCAUGAGAGGAGUUAAAAACCGGCCUGAGGAGUUCAUGGAAAUCAAUAAUUUUAUUGAGAUAUUUAGCCAGAAAAUUAAUUUAAUAGAUAAAAUAUCACAGAGAAUUUACAAGGAGGAAAGGGACUAUCUUGAUGAAAUGAAAGAAUAUGGCCCUAUUCAUAUUCUGUGGUCGGCUUCAGAGGAAGAUGUGGUUGAUACGCUAAAAGGAGUGGCUACCUGCAUUGAGCAGUGCUGCAAGGCCACUGAGAAGCGGAUGUCGGGCCUCUCAGAGUCCUUGCUUCCUAUUGUCCAUGAAUAUGUGCUUUAUAGUGACACAUUAAUGGGUGUUAUGAAAAGAAGAGACCAAAUACAAGCGGAACUGGAUUCCAAAGUUGAAGCUUUGACCUAUAAAAAGGCAGAUACUGAUUUGCUUACAGAAGAAAUUGGAAAACUUGAAGACAAGGUGGAAUGUGCCAAUAAUGCUCUGAAAGCAGACUGGGAAAGAUGGAAACAAAAUAUGCAAAAUGAUAUCAAGUCAGCAUUUACAGAUGUGGCUGAGGAGAAUGUCCAUUACUAUGAGCAGUGCCUUGCUGCAUGGGAGUCAUUCCUCACAUCACAGACUGACCUCAACUUGGAAGAACACUCUGAAGAUAAACUUUAAUCCCAUUGAAGACUUCUGUUUGAUCUUUGAGAGACAGCAUCUAAUAUCAACCAAAGCAAUUUUUUUUCCUGAGUUUGCUGUGCCCAUUUGUAAAGUUAAUGAAUAAUGUUUCAAACUACUUGGAAAACCAAGAACUUGGAAACUCAGGUAUUCCAGGUCACUGACAUGCAUUUACAGACAUAAACAUAUCUAUCUAUAUAGGUAUAUGGAUCUAUUAUAUAUACCAUAGAUCUAUAGAUCUCUUAUAUGGAUAUAUAUAUAUAUAUAUAUAUAUAUAUAUAUAUAUAUAUAUAUACACACACACACACACACACACACACACACACACACAUAUAUAUAGAGAGAGGGGGGGGAUUGAGCUUCAUUUUAAUAAUGUUCUUAAAUUUAUGUGCCAAUAAUUACAUAUAGAGAUGUUUUUCUUAAAUAUUUGGCCAUGGAACAUGAUAUUUUAAAUAUAUUGUAAAGACUCAGUUUUAAUAAAGGCUUUAAUAAGAA